UUCAGUGGCAAUGGGAUUGUGACCUGAAUGUAGAGCCAGAGCAAAAUCAUCCUGCUAGCAACCUGAAAACACGCGCAAAUGUCAAAACACGUUCACGGCAUUGUUGAACAAUUGUACAUUUAGUCUAGCACUGGGUGUUAUGGAAAUAUUGCUACCAAUGUUUGAUGGGAUGUUGUCAACUAGCAUAGCUACUCUAGAGUCUAGAUACAUUAGCUAGCCAGCCACCCACCUACCACAACUAGUCAACGCUUCUGCACAAGGAGGGUUGUUGUCCCAAGCAGCGGCUUCAGGGAAGGAACUGGGAAUCAUUACAUGCUUGAAACUGUGGCCAUUCGGCUGGCGUUUAUAUUCGAUCUCUUUGCUACUAACCUACCCGAAGAGUGCUGGAGUUGCCCUUGUGGAGCCGCCAGAGUGAGAGGUGGCAGACUCUGUGAAGGCACCUGUGCGCCACUCUCUGUGGCAUGAGCUAUGACGUCAGUGGUGCUGGUGGACAGCGCAGGAUCGGUGGUGGAGUACGUCACAGUAGUAGAGGAUUCCCAACAGGAGGAGGGCCUGUAUGAGGCUGAGACCGAGGCAGAGGGGGAUGGGGAAGUUGAGGGGGAAGUGGAAUCUGAAUACCAGGCGGUGAUUGUGGAGCCCGUACCCAGUGCUGGUCGCAUGGAACAAUGCUUCGCAGCCCAGGUGCUCGUCUACGAUGACCAAACCUACCUGAUGCACGAUGUGGCCCAAGAGCAGGAGGUGGAGACGGAGGUGGUGGAAUCAGUGGAAGCAUCGGUCCAUGGCUCUGCCCAUAAUGUUGACAAGACCAUCGAAGCAGCUGAGGCUCUGCUCCACAUGGACUCUCCAUCCAGUCUUCGGGGAGACCGCAGUCCAGAGGCAUUUGUGCCCCCCUGUGCCGCAUCGCCGGUGGUGAUACAUGCGGCAAUGAGGCCCGACAUGCCAGCGGAGGUGGUGGUGGAGGUGAGCACGGAGGAUGCUGAAGCCAUGGACAUGGACAUGGACAUGGGCGUGAUGAUGGAGGAGACCGAGCUGGAGGCUGAGCCAGUCAGGAAGAAGAAAGCUGGUCGGAAGCCGAAGCCGCAUAGUAUGUCAGUGUCAAACGGCUCCCCGGAGUUGGGCAUAAAGAAGAAGCCCAGGGAGGGAAAGGGCAGCACAACAUACCUGUGGGAGUUUCUGCUGGAUCUGCUACAGGAUAAGAACACAUGUCCCAGAUACAUCAAGUGGACACAGCGGGAGAAGGGCAUCUUCAAGCUGGUGGACUCCAAGGCCGUGUCCAAACUUUGGGGCAAACACAAGAACAAGCCUGACAUGAACUAUGAGACCAUGGGAAGAGCUCUGAGGUACUACUAUCAGCGGGGAAUCCUCUCUAAAGUGGAGGGCCAGCGUCUGGUCUACCAGUUCAAGGAGAUGCCGAAGAAUAUCGUCGUCAUUGACGAUGACCAGUCGGACCCCGGUGGGGGAGAUGAAACUGCUGCGGCGGCUGCCGGUCUGGAGAACUCGUACGAGUGCGUGUCUCUUGCCGGCGGCGACACCAUCCUGACCUCCGACCUCUCCAAGUCGCCUGCGAUUCUCAGGGGCUCUGGGGGUCGCCCUCUGAUCCACACCGCUUCCAGUCCAGCCAAGGGCAAAGCAGCUGCUGCCACGCUCGCAGCCACACCCAUCCAGCACAUUGUCACCGUCUCCUCGGCACCAGACGCCUCUCCAAUGCAGCUGACAUCCCACGCAGCCACCAUCAUUCCCAAUGCGUCAGGGCCUAGGACUGUACGCGUUGCCAUGCAGGUGCCUGUUGUUAUGACCACAGCGCUCGGGCAGAAGAUCUCCACUGUAGCAGUGCCAUCCCACAACCCCUCCCUCUUUACAUCAGCACCAACCUCCAUAGCUACAAUGACGGGCACCAAUGCCCCCAAGGUGCUCUUCCAGACAGUGCCUACUAUGAUGCCGGCCACCGCCGAGAACGGCAACAAGAUCACCGUGCAGCUAGCCAAGAUCAUCACCAUCCCUGCCUCCCAGUUGGCCCAGUGCCAGCUCCAGACGGGCCCUGCCAAGGUCGGGGGAACGACGACGGGCAUAAACCUGAUGGGUGCCCCCUUGGCCGUGCGGGCCCUCUCCCCCGUGUCGGUAGGGCAGGGUGCCCAGGUGCUGCGGCUGGCCAUGCCCGCUCAGCAGGCUGGCAUCCCGUUGCCGCUCAGCCCCACCCUCACCCUCACCCCCACUCAGACGAAGACCACCAUCACCAGCAGUGCCAGCAGCCCCAGGCCUCCCCUGAGCCAGCCUGCACCCGUGGCCAGACUGGUGGGCACGGUGGUGGCCACGACGGCCAUGGUCCCGGAGGUCAAGCCUGCCGACCAGGCCCAACCGCUGACCAUCACAGCGGUCACUGUCCCCACUACGACGACAGAGGUGGAGGCGAUGCAGACGACAGAGGUGGAGGCGGUACUUGUGCACGACAGAAGCAUAGAGCAGGAAGUGUGUGUCCAGGAGCAUGUGCUGGAGGCAACCUCUGCAGAGAGCCAAGAGGCAGAGUGCUGAGCGAUGGAAGAGUAAUGAUCACGUGAAGAUGGUUUAUGGACUCAUGUGAAGAAGACCCUAUCCCAAUACACACACACAUGCACACCUGCACACACAUAUCAAGACUGGACUUCAAUGAUGGCCUUGUACAGUUUGAGAGACUGUUUUCAUAAAAAAAGACAUAGUUUGAUUUCUAUGAAAUGACUUGAUGAAUUUGCCAGCCAAAUCCCUGCAAACUUCCAAAAGUCCUAAAUUGUGGUCAGAGACCUGAGACUAGAACCACAUAUUAUGAAUCCUUUCUGGCUGAAUUGUUUUUCCAGCAGUACAUGCAAAAGGGACCAAUGCUGAACACUACAGACUGUCUUUGUCCACCUCAAUGACACUAAUGGUAUGAAGCUUGCAGAUGAUCCAACAAAAAGACAUAACACUAACAUAAUAAUUAAACCAAAUGUGAACUUAAAGGGAGCUAUGAACUGAAAAGGAUUUUUUUGCAACACUGUGUAAAGUUUUUUUUCCCCUUCCUUUUUAGUGUUGCAAAUGUAUGAUGCAAAACCAGCAAAACUGUUAUCACUGUGCACACACCAGUGGUGUGGAUGCUGAGUGAACCGCGUGGAGACAGGAUUCACAGGGCUUGUCUCUGGUUGGCUCCACCAAGGGAAACUGAAAGGGACAUUGUAUAUACUUGCUUACAGUUUACAAAAAUUCAAAAGUGAAGCAGCCUUAGAUUUUUUUUUUAACGAAAACCGAUAAGCUUACCUGACUUUUUUUUCUUUUGUUUGUUUGUUUCGUUUUGAUACCUUGUACCAAGCACAGUAUUACUACAACAAACGCAGCAACACAAGAUUUGUAAAAUAAACGAUUAUGAUGAGGACAUGGAGAAUGCGGUUAAGCCUGGCUGUUGGCGCAUGCUGCGACUACCGCAUUACAUCACACCUCAGUCUGCUUCAUUUUAACAGGAAUAUCAUGGCGGACAUGCUCUGUGCCAUCUCUCGUUGUUGCUCAAGAGGUCACGCUUGGUGGCAUGUGCCACGGUGGCUCAAGUUAUUCUUGUGGCAUUCAGUUUAUCCCCUCUGCUUCCAGAGAAGGGGAAAGGAAGAUGUUUGCAUUCAGAAUGCACUAGUUUGUAUAUUCAACAUUUGAAGUAUAUUCUAUUUUGUUGUACUCUUGUUUCAAAGUGUAUUCAAGUAGAUUUUCCUUAAAUAUAAAAAGAUAUUCUGAGACCUUG